AUGGAAUACCCUAUGUGUGAUUGUGGGUGGGGAAGAGGCGGCGGCCAUAGUAGGGAGGAGGCGGCAUGGGCGGUGGGAGGAGGCGGUGGCCAUGGUGGAGAGGAGGCGACAUCUUCAUUUCUGUUAUUUGGUGGCAUCAAUUCGGCGUCAAAUUGGUUGUUUGGUUUGAGAGACAGGAUCCAAGCAGCUAUCAACAGAGCCAAGGACAAUGGGAUGACUAUUGAGAAGGAUGCUGAGAAGUGGCUGGAGGAAGUGCAGCAGUCGUUGAUGACUGUGGCGAUGGGAAGAAAAAGGAGGAAUGUUACCGGUUUACGCGUUGGCAGGACGCCUAAUCCUGUCAAGGCGAACUUUAAUGAUGUCUCCGAUGAUACAACAGCUCAUGUUUCUCCCAGAAUUUCAAGAGAGAGCAUUGAAGCAAAUGAAUACGAAGCCGAGGCUCAUGCCACAGAGGGAUCUUUUGCUGAAGAAUUGCACGAAAAACAGGAUGUACCAGGCAUACGAAGCACCAACAGUGAUGUUGGUCUACCUGAGGGGAGAUUCUUGAAACCUAAAGUUCAGAAGUCGAGCGAUAACGAAUCGAGCUCACCUAAUAAACAUGCAUCAGGGUUUUCUUCAACUGAAAACAUUCAAACAGACCACACUAUUUCACAACCAUAUGCUUUUGAAAGUGAGGAGCAGGUUUCAAUCGAAACUCAUCCUGAAGCUGAGAAGUCAAGCGAUAACGAAUCAAGCUCACCUAAUAAACAUGCAUCAGGGUUUUCUUCAACUGAAAACAUUCAAAUAGACCACACUAUUUCACAGCCAUAUGCUUUUGAAAGUGAGGAGCAGGUUUCAAUCGAAACUCAUCCUGAAGCUCAGAAGUCGAGCAAUAACGAAUCAAGCUCACCUAAUAAACAUGCAUCAGUGUUUUCUCCAGCUGAAAACAUUCAAACAGACCACACUAUUUCACGGCCAUAUGCUCUUCAAAGUGAGAAGCAGGUUUCAAUCGAAGAUCAUCCUAAAGCUCAAAAGUUGAGCGAUAAUGAAUCAAGCUCGCCAGUUAAACCUGUAUCAGAGUUUUCUUCUACUGAAAACAUUCAGAUAGGCCACAUUGUUUCACAACCGACAAUUGAGAAUGAGGGGUCAACUGUAACUCAUCCAGGAGUACAGAAGUUGAACGAUAACAAAUUAAGCUCACCUGUAAAAGCUGCAUUAGGGUUUUCUUCUACUGAAAGUAUUGAAACAGAACUCACUGUUUCACAGCCAUCUAAUCUUGCAACUGAGAAGCAGGUUUCAACCGAAACUCAUCUUCAAGCUCAGAUGUCAAACGAUAACAAAGCAAGCUCGCCUGUUAAACCUGAAUCAGGAUUUUCUUCUAUUGGAAACAUUGAAACAAAGCACACUGUUCCACAACCAUCAACCGUAACUCAUUCCGAAGUUCAGAAGUUGAGCGAUGACAAUUCAACCUCACUUGUUAAAAAUUCAUCAAGGUUUUCUUCGGCUGAAUACAUUCAAGCAGACCACACAGCUUCACAACUACCAGCUUUUGUAACUGAGAAACCGGUUUCAAGCGUAACUCAUCCCAAAGUUCAUAACUCAAGCGAUAGCAAAUCAAGCUCACCUAAUAAACCUGCAUCAGGGUUUUCUUCUAUUGAAAACAUACAAACAGACAACACUGUUUCACAACCAUUUGCUCUUGCAACUGAGAAUAAGCUUUCAAAUGUAACUCAUCUCGAAGCUCAGAAGUCAAGCGAUAAAAAAUCAAGCUCGCCUAUUAAACCUGAAUCAGGAUUUUCUUCUAUUGGAAACAUUCAAAGAGAGCAAACUGUUUCACAGCCAUCUGCUCUUGCAACUGAGAAGCUACUUUCAACUGUAACUCAUCCCAAAAUCGAGCAGUCAAGCAAUAACAAAUCAACCUUUUCGGCUGAGAACAUUCAAACAGACCACACAGCUUCACAACCAUCAGCUUUUGUAACUGAGAAGCAGGUUUCAAGCCUAAGUAGUCCCGAAGUUCAUGAAUCAAGUGAAAACAAAUCAAGCUCACCUAUUAAGCUGGCAUCUGAGUUUUCUUCUGUUGGAAACAUACAAAAAGAAGACAAUGUUUCACAGCCAUCUGCUCUUACAACUGAGAAGAAGGUUUCAACCUUAACUCAUCCCGAAGUUCAGAAGUCAAGCGAUAAUAAAUCAAGCUCACCAAUUAAACCUGCAUCAGGGUUUUCUUCUACUGAAACAAACCACACUGUUUCACAGCCGUCUAAUCUUGAAACUGAGAAAGUUUCAACCGUUACAAGUCCGGGAGUUCAGAAUUCAAGCAAUAACAAAUUAAGCUCGCCUGUUAAACCUGCAUCAGGGUUUUCUUCUGCUGAAAACAUUCAAAGUGACAGCACUAUUUCACAGCCAUCUGCUAUUGCAACCAAGGAGCAAGUUUCCGCCGUAACUCGCCCAGAAGAUAAUAACUCAAGUGAAAACAAAUCAAGCUCACCUGUUAAACCUGCAUCAAGGUUUUCUUCUACAGAAAAUAAUCAAAUAGACCACAAUGUUUCACAUCCAUCUGCUCUUGCAACUGAGAAUCAAGUUUCAACUUUAACUCGUCCUGAAGUUCAGAAGUCAAGCGAUAACAAAUCAAGCUCUCCUGUUCAACCUACAUCAGAAUUUUCUCCUACUGAAAAUAUUCAGGCAGACCACAAUGUUUCACAGCCUUCUGCUCAUACAACAGAGAAGCAGGUUGCAACUGUUACUCGUUCUGAAGAUCAGAACUUAAGUGAUGAUAAAUCAAGCUCACCUGUUAAACUUGCAUCAGGGUUUUCUGCUGCUGAAAACAUCCAAACAGACCACAAUGGUUCACAUCCAUCUGCUCUUGCAACUGAGAAGCAGGUUUCAGCCCUUACUCAUCCCGAAGUACAGAAGUCAACCGAUAAUAAAUCAAGCUCACCUGUUGAACCUACAUCAGGGUUUCCUUCUACUAAAAACAUUCAAACAGACAAAUCAAGCUCACCUGUUAAACUUGCAUCAGGGUUUUCUUCUAGCGGAAGCAUUCAAACAGACCACAUUGUUUCGCAACCAUCUGAUUUUGCAAUUGAGAAGCAGGUUUCAACCGUAAGUCGUCCUAAAGUUCAGAAGUCAAGUGAUAACAAAUCAAGCUCGCCUGGUAAACCUAAACCAGCAUUAUCUUCUCCUAAAAACAUUCAAACAGACCACACUAUUUCACAGCCAUCUGAUCUUGCAACUAAGAAGCCAGUUGCAACCUUAACUCAUCCUGAAGUUCAGAAAUCAAGAGAUAACAAAUCAAGCUCACCUGUUAAACUUGCAUCAGGGGCUUCUUCUCCUAAAAACAUUCGAACAGAACACACGGUUUCACAGCCAUCUACUCUUACAACUGAGAAGCAAGUUUCAACCAUAACUCGUCCUGAAGUUCAGAAGUCGAGCGAUAACAAAUCAAGCUCCCCUGUUAAACCAGCAUCAGGGUUUUCUUCUGCCGGAAACAUUCAAACAAACUAUGCAAUUUCACAACCAUCUUCUCCUGCAACUAAGAAGCAGGUUUCAGCUGAAACUAGUCCUGUCGGGGUUGAAACUACCAUUGAGACCGGUGGAAACUGUUCAUCAAAUGCUAAAAUUUUGCACUCUCCCAACACUGCAAAGAUUUCACAGCCAAACUCUCCUCCGGUGUCAAGGAAGCCCCUGCAAUUUGAUGUGAAGAAGCAUAUGGAUGAAGAAGAUAACGCAUCAACGAGGAAGCCCCUGCAAUCUGAUGUCAAGAAGCAUACUGAUGAAGAAGAUAACGCGUCUACGAGGAAACCCCUGCAAUCUGAUGUCAAGAAGCAUACAGAUGAAGAAGAUAACACGUCUACAGCAUCCUCUGCUGGAGCAUCUUCCCAUUCAGCAAAAUCGAAGACAACUGUUGCAGUCGCUCCGGUAUUUAGAUGCGUAGAACGUGCAGAGAAACGCAAGGAGUAUUACUCGAAGUUAGAAGAAAAGCGUCAGGCUCUGGAAGCAGAGAAAAUGGAAGUUGAAGCUAAGAUAAAGGAGGCCGAAGAAGCAGCUAUAAAGCAGCUCAGAAAGAACUUGGUGGUCAAAGCAAAUCCAAUGCCCAGUUUUUACCGUAAAGGACCUCCACCCAAGGUUGAACUAAAGAAGCCGCCACUGACUCGUGCCAAAUCACCAAAACUGAGCCGGAAAAAGAGCUUUGGCGAUGCAUCUUGCUCGUCUCAGGAUGAGAAGACUGUGGGCACCCGGGCAAAUCGCCAGAGCUUAAGCAGUCAGGAAGAUAGCAAUAUUAGCACCAGCACUACCAGAAAUGAGGAUCAGAACAAUGGAAGGAAUAGUAAUGCCGUUCGCAGAGUUAAGGACAGCUCGAAACAGGUGAAAGAACCAACCGAAACAAGCCCACAUAAAAUAACAGAGCAGAGGACUUCCCACAUCACUGUGAACUAGCUUUUGAAAAACGGUAACUGUCUUGAAUUUUCCUUCUUGUUGAUUUUUUGAAGGAGUAUAUCUAAUAUCUUAAUUGUAAAUUUUGUGUAACCUGUAUAGAAUUUUUGAAGGGUAUACCUAAUACCUUAACUGUAUAUUUUUUGUAACCUGUAAGUUGAGUUCUUAUAUGAUGUUAUAUACCUACCAAAAAGAACAUUUUUCCCCCCUAAUUGUGAUUUGUGUUAAACAAAAGAAGAAAUAGAGUACAAGGCUA